AUGCCUGGAUUGGAAUUGAGUGGCGUGUCGAGCAACUGGAAGAAGCUACAAUCCCAGUUGCAAGCCGAGAAGAAGACCGCACCACCACCACCACCAACACCACCACCAAGCAAUGGAGUGAAGCGCAAGAGACAGGAAACACGACCAGGCAGCGCCUUCAAAAGAGCCAAGUUCUCAGAUGCAAACGGGACGCAAGUAGUCAACAGACGCAAGAUGGGCUACUCGACUUCCAAACCCGUCACAGACCCACCUAAAUCCAACUCCAACCUCACCCGCGACCACGACCACGACAUCACCUCUUCCAUCAUCACCACCUCCUCAAUUUCCACCACCCGCCCAACCGACACCCCCAACACCGGCCACCACCCCACUCACAAACUGGGGAAAUACAUCGCCCUCGACUGCGAAAUGGUCGGUACGGGACCCCCACCCCACACCGACCAUCUCCUCGCCCGCGUCUCCCUGGUAAACUACCACGGCGACCAACUCUACGACUCCUACGUUCUUCCCCCACCCGGAAGUAAAGUCCACGACUACCGCACCCACGUCUCGGGGAUACAACCGCCGCAUCUCCACCCGGACGUCGCGAGAUCGUAUAACCAGGUCCGUGCCGAUGUCGCCGAACUCUUACGGGGCAGGAUCUUAGUAGGCCAUGCGUUAAAAAACGAUCUGCAAGUCUUGGACAUGGUCGCCUCCCACCCGAAAUGUGAUCUGAGGGAUACGAGCCGCUACCCUCCCUUCCGCGCCAUGUCCGGGGGAAGACCUCCAGCGUUGAGGAAGUUGGCGGAGAGGGUGUUGGGACUCAAGAUUCAAGAAGGAGAGCAUAGUUCUGUGGAGGAUGCGCGGGCGAGCAUGUUGCUUUUCCGCACGGAGAAGGAGGGGUUUGAGGCGGAGGUGAGGAGGAGGUUUGGGAGGGGUGGGGUGGAGGGGAGAGGAGGGGGGAGAAGGGGUGUUGUUGGUGGUGGUGGGAAGGGAGGAGGAAAGGGGUGGGAGGGUGGGAAUAGUGAGGAGGAAGAUAGUAUUCUUGAUGAAGAGGAUGAUGAAGAUGAGGAGGAGGGGUUUGGAAGCGAGGGGGAUGGUGUGGGGGAUGGGGAUGGGAGGACGAAGAUAUCUGCGACAACAGGAGCAGCGACGACGAAGAAGAAGCGCAAGAAGAAGAAACGGACGAAACGGAAGUGA